GUUUGCGCUUUCCCAAACCCAAUUUAUAAAGUCCAGUUCAAAUUUGGCCCAAUAAUCUCUUCUUCUUCUUCAUCAUCAUCGUCUCUCUCUUCUCUCUCUCAAGUUCUUUGCUCAGUUGAGAAAAACCAAAUUAAGCUCAAUAAUUCCUAGAAUUUCUCCUAAUAAAUUCUAGGGUUUCGUUUGUUUUUACGCCCGAAUUGCUGACCCUUCAACCAUUGUUUGGAGCAUCAAUUCUAAGGUCAGAUCACAAUAUUUCGUCCCCUUUCAUAUAUACACACACAAAUAUAUAUCAUAUAUGUCUGCUCAUAAAAUUUCGUUCGCAAUAGUUGUAUCUGUUUCUGGGCUUCCUCAAUGGCAGUGAAGCUCUCAUCUUUUUUAGCAUUUUCCAGGAAAAUACCCAGGUGGGUUCAUUUUAGUGCAUAUGCUUCUUCUGUGUCAUGUGCAAAUAAUAUCGAAAUUUUACCAGAAAAUGAUCAAAACCCACUAAGUUCAUAUGAGUUUGAAACAAAGAUUCAAUUUUUGAGGAAUAAGAUCUCGGCGGAUAAAUUAGUUCAGGUUUUGGAUUCCACAGAUGACUUGAAUUCUUCAUUGAAAUUGUUCAAAUGGGCUUCCCUUCAAAAAGGGUUUCGUCACACCACCAAUACUUAUUGCAAGAUAAUCUUGAAGUUGGGUAUGGUGGGAAAUGUUGAUGAAAUGGAGGGUUUUUGUAAUGAGAUGGUGAAAGAGAGAUGUGCAAAUACAGAAGAAGCUCUUGUGGCAUUGAUUGAAUUAUUCGUUAAACAUCAUUUGCUAAUGGAAGCUUCACGCGUUCUUGUGGUCAUGAAUUCGUCUGGUUAUAAGGCUUCAAUAACUGUGUUUAAUGUUUUGUUGGGUGCACUUGUGGAGGAGAAGAAAGAUUUUCAAGCUUUCCUGUUUGUUUAUAAGGAAAUGGUGAAAGCAGGUGUUGUUCCUACCGUUGAAACAUUGAAUUAUCUGCUAGAAGCUUUGUUUGAGGCUGGUCGAGUUGACACUGCUUUGGAUCAAUAUAGAAGAAUGAACAAGAAAGGGUGUGUUCCUAAUAGCAAGACCUUUGAGAUACUCAUAAGUGGCCUUAUUACAAGGAACGGAAUGGAGGAAUCAAUUGUUGUUUUGGAUAAUAUGCUUGAACUUGGGGUUGAGCCGGAUUUGAGCUUUUAUACUGGUACAAUCUUUUUGUUUUGUAGGGAAAAUAAUCUAGAACAAGGGAUGAGGUUAUUUAGAAUGAUGAGAGCCUCUAAAAUGGUGCCUAAUUCAUUAAUUUAUGGGGUUUUGAUACGCUGUUUGUGUGAGAACCUUCAUGUGGUUGAUGCAGUAAAGAUGUUUGAAGAGACGAUUGAUAACAGCAUAUCACCGGCUGAUGAUGUGUGUAUCAAUAUAAUAAAUGGGUUUUGUAAAUUAGGGAAAUUUGAUGAAGCUACAAAGUUUUUGGAAGAUAAACAUGUUUUGGAGACUUGUCCUCACAAUGUGUUGCUGGAAGGCUAUUGCAAUUCUGGUAACUUCCUCAUGGCAAAAUGUCUGUUUGAUGAAAUGCUUGAGAGAAAUAUAGUGGAUGCUGAUUCUUGGAAUAUUCUUAUCAGAUGUCUUUCUGAGAAUACAUGGAUUGAUAAAGCUUUAGAAUUUCUUGGUAGAAUGAUUGUCUCUUCAUAUGUACCUGACUCUGCCACUUACUCUGCUAUUAUCAUUGGCAAAUGUAAACUGAGUAGAUACGAGGAUGCUCUAGUGCUAUUUCAUCAGGUUUCUGCCAAAUACUGGCUUUUGGACUCUGUCUCUUAUGCUGAGCUAGUUCAAUGCCUUUGUCAAGGGGAAAAGAUUCAUGAGGCUGUUAAAGUGUUCAGCUAUAUGUCUAAUAAAAGAUGUGCUCUUCAGUCCUCUUCAUUCAGUAUGCUGAUCAGGGGGCUUUGUGAAGCAGGAAAGGUUGGUAGAGCAAUCGGGAUGUUGUCAUUGGCUUACUAUUCUGGUACUUCUUGUUCUAAUGCCACUUAUAAUACUAUUAUGCUAAGUUUGUCCAAGUCAAAGAAAGCAGAUGAUCUUUUAAUAGUUCUCUCGCGAAUGGUGGUAGAAGGGUGUACUCUUGAUUCGGAAGCAUAUUGUAUCCUCAUACAAUGCAUGAGUACACUUGGUCAAACAAAGGAUUGUGCUUUGUUUUUCAAUUUGAUGGUUAAUGAGGGUUUAUUGCCAAAUCCGGAGGCACUAACUAAUCUACUAUUAUGCAUGGCCAGACAUUCUCAGUUGCAUAUGAUUUUGCUCGCAAUCGAUAAGCUUAUCUCUAGUCACGAAAUUCUUAAUUCGGCAAUGUACAACUUAAUAAUUAAUGGCCUUCUUAAAGAGGGAUACAAAAGCAAGGCCUGCCAAUUAUUAGAUUUGAUGUUGGAAAAGGGUUGGGUUCCGGAUGCUAUUACUCAUCGAUUGUUGAUCGGAUCUGCUGUCAAAGAGGAAACAGAUGGUGAAGUAGCAGCCCAUGAAAAUUUGAACAUGCAAGAAGAUAAGGUUUGUAGCAUACUUGCUGAGAGCUUGGGAGAAAUGUGAUAAAC